UGGAGGAAGGAAGAGGAGAGGUUCCGCUCUAAUGGUUGUAAGGAUGCAGGAGGAAGAGGAUCUCUACUUCAACAUACUUUUUUUUUUAGAAGAUCCAGAUUGGGAUUCUGAAUAAACGGCAACUACUCCUCAGAGCACUCCUGAUCCAUAACUACAGCGUCGCCAUGCCGACGCCUGCCAUAUCUGUAGCAACCGAGCAUCCUCAGAGGAGUGUGGCAGUUUAUGAUGUUUCUACGCAGGCCGCUUCCCACUGAGGCCACAGAGUGUUGAGAGAUGCUUCAUCAUUGGAGCAUCCUUGUCGUCACUCUGCUGAGGAUGGGGCUUGUGGGGGGAUGCCUGUGUCCACCUGCCACCAUCUUGUCUGCGCUCCCAUCAGAGGUGCCCGCCAAGGUCUGUUGCCUAAACUUCUCCGGCUCCACUUUGGACCACGUGCAGUGGUCUCGGCUGACCAACCAGACCGGUCUGCAGAUUCUGGAUCUUUCCCACUGCAACAUGACCUCAGUGAAGCUGUCAGGGGUGGGGGCCUCCUUGCUGGAAAAGGUUUACUUGGGCCACAACGGAAUAGCAGUUUUGCCACAGAACUUCCUGGCUGGACAGCCCCGCUUGGAGGAGGUAGAUCUCAGCUGGAAUAGACUUAAGAAGCUCCCAGAAGGUUUCCUGCAGGACUCGGACAACCUGAAGAGGUUGUUUCUGCAGGACAAUCAGCUUCGCUUCCUUCCGGCCUCGGUGCUGCAGAGGCCCGCUCUGCAGAGCCUGGAGCUGGCCGGGAACCCUUGGGACUGCUCCUGCUCUUUCCUGGAUGUACUGCAGGACAACAAGGACACAAAGACAGAGGGCUUGGCGAGAAACUUGACAUGCGUCUCCCCCUGGAAACUGGCAGGCCGGGUGGUGUGGUCCGUGAACCUCAGCGACGUGUGCCGCCCGACCAGCCUCACUGCGCUCUUCAUUGCCCUCCCGCUCCUCAUUCUUUCCACCCUUGUGGUCUGCUGGUGCUGCGGGAGGAAGAGGAAAGAAGCCCCCACGUUGUGGGCCUCAAAAAAAAGGACUCGCAGUUUCCACGGCACUGGGGCGAAAGGUCACCGCAAGAUGCCGGCCCCUGAAGGUGUCGAGAAGAAGUCGAUUGACAGUGUUGGGCAUGACGUCCAGGUUCCCAAACUCCUGGGCAGUGCCGCCGACAUCGAUGAAGAGAAGGAGCUCCAGAAGGGUUCUGUGGAGUCUCUCCCGCCAGAGGCAAAGCCGAGCAGGUCCGAGUUUGACUCGGUUAGUGUGACGGAGGUGCUGAAAGACUCGGCGGCCCGGGAGAAAGCUUACAUGACUCAGUCCACGGAAUAUUACAGCCUGGUACCAGGAAUACAGUUGGAUGACUCGGACCAUGGCGAGUAGGACAAGGUGGACAUUUUAAGAUGUUUGUUUUGGAAACUUACUACAAUGGAAAAUCCUGAGGUUGAAAAUAUGAUUUUAUGAUUUUAUGAUUUUUUUUUUUUUGCAUUUCAUUGCUGUUUGCCUUUAUAGUGCAUGCUCACAUAAAAAUUGUGCAAAACAUUCAUACUUUGGCCUAUUUUCAAUACUUCUGAAGAUAUCAACAACUGCAUCUUUUUUUAAGUUACACUUUACUGGACUUGUAACACAUUGAACUGAGUGAAUUACAAACCCCGUUUCCAUAUGAGUUGGGAAAUUGUGUUAGAUGUAAAUAAAAACAGAAUACAAUGAUUUGCAAAUCCUUUUCAACCCAUAUUCAGUUGAAUGCACUACAAAGACAAGAUAUUUGAUGUUCAAACUCACAAACUUAAUUUUUUUUUGCAAAUAAUAAUUAACUUAGA